AUUGUUUAUUCUUCGAAACCUAAGUCCAGAAGCAGCUAAUCUUUUAGAGAAUUACACAACGACGAACACUGCCCUGAUGUAAUGGCGGGAACAUCACUAUGGGAUUACAUCUUCAUGCGUGCAUCUAUCUUGGUCUUACAUCUCAUUGCGCCCCUGAGCGUUGUCGGCUCUCUCGUCCUAUUACUAGUCCCCCUCCCAUUUCAGAUUCCGAGGCUUCUCAAGGCAUGGCUUGCUCUUGAAGCACUUUUCUAUCUGGUCAUAUACCUACCGCUUAACAACCACCUCCAAAAGCCCGCAAAACAUCCUACUCCGCCGUGCCGAGCCGAUCGCCAAAGGUUGUUCCAACAAUGUCACGAUAAUAUUCCGGACGCAGGCCAGUAUCUGAAAAGGUGGUUUCGAGAUGCGCCAGAGCAUGAAAUCAAGCGUGAUAACGUUAAAGACUUCUUCCGCUGGGGUUUUUUUAACAUGGAGGAAUAUGAUUCGACAUAUGAUUCGGAAUUAGAGGGGUAUAUCGAGAAAUUGGAGGAGCUGCUUGGGAAAAAGUUGGAGUUUGGCAGAGGGAAUGCGAAGUGCCUGCGCAUGACUCUUGAUAAGGUCGAGAUGCUUCAUCGAAGUUUGACAUGGUACCUGUGCAUAUUUGUUGUCGACACGAUAGCGUCUACUUAUCUACACUGUCAUUCCUUCAGCUUUCACCGAACAUCGUUCUCCCAAUUCUUUACCGUUUUCCCGCUUCGGCCCUUAACUCUUUUUACGUCCUAUAAAUCUCCUGCCAAGAGCCUUACCUAUUGGCACCGUCCACACACUUCCAAAACAAGGCUGCCCAUUCUAUUCAUCCAUGGCAUCGGCGUGGGACUCUAUCCGUACAUAGAUUUCCUAGCUGACAUUAAUGCCGCCGAGAGUGCAGAUGGAGAUGUUGGGAUCAUUGCUAUCGAGAUAUUGUCAGUAAGCUCUCGCAUCACAUUCCAGGCUAUGUUGAAAGAGGAAAUAUGCGAGGAAAUUCAUCGUAUAUUGUCUACACAUGGGUGGAAGAGUUGCGCCUUGGUCUCUCACUCCUAUGGAAGCGUUGUUGCAGCACAGUUACUUCGCGACCCCAAGAUCUCUGUGAAUAUCGGCCCUGUUAUAUUCAUCGAUCCUGUAUCCUUCCUGCUGCAUCUGCCUGAUGUGGCCUAUAAUUUCAUAUGUCGACGCCCAAGUCAUACCAAUGAACAUUUACUCUCCUACUUUGGUUCGAAAGACAUAGGUAUAGCUCAUACGCUAUUUCGGCGCUUCUUCUGGGCCGACAAUCUACUGUGGAAGGAAGACCUACAAAAUCGCCCUACUGCUGUGGCCUUGGCCAGUAGAGACAGUAUCAUCGAUACGAAAUCAAUUCGGGCGUAUCUUGUUGGUUCAAGCGAUUGGACGCAAAGGCCAACUAAAGCGACAGGAGAAAGUCCAAGAGAUGGUAAAUUGGACGUGAUCUGGUUUGAGGACUUAGACCAUGGACAGGCAUUUGAUCACAAGACGACAAGGCUGCGUCUCGUUGAGACUGUUCGAGCAUUCUGCAACCAGACGAAAACAUUGUAUCCUGAAGUCGGGGUAGAAGGGAUUGGCAAGAAGUGACUGGAUGGUCUGGAGUAUAUCGGCUUUAUGUAAGGACGCGUGUUGGUUGAAAGAGCCUUUAGGAGAAUUCUCUGCUUUGAAUCAUCAGUGGUUACCGCUGGUAUGUAUCACAAUGACGCAUCGGACUGUUUGCCUAUGUGCCUAUUGUUUUCCAGCACCUAUAUGCUCUUUUUCAUCUCAGUGUUUCAUCCUCUU